CCUGUCCAGUCUUUUGCCCGCAAUUGUCAACGUGCUCUACUAAAACCCACCACUCUGCCCCUCCUCACGGUCUAUUCUUCACUUCUUUUUCCCUCUUCACGGCUUCCAGGCUCAAAUAGACUGGCUCUUUCUGUUCCUUUUCGCCUUCUAUUCUGGGGCUAACGUUACUUUUUUCAUGUCCAUCUAAUUUGAUUUUUUUCCCUUCUCCGCUGGUCGGCCAUGCCAAUUGCGGCUGGACGGCCAGCAAUUUUCAGAUCAUGGGCCGGCACCAUCAUCUGAGACUUCCUGAACACCUAUACCUUUCUCCUCCGACUCCUCCUCAACCUUCGGCGGCCAACUACUUGACUUCUGCUUCUUCAUUCUUCGCUGUAAAUAAGGCUGUGUAUUAUUCUCCUUCGGCCGCUUUAUUUCAAGAGACGGGCCGCCCAGGCGGUUUUGCUGUUGGUGAUCGUAUACCAGGCUUCAAAACUUCUGCCGCAUUCUUCAACACCUUACGAGCCAAUCUUGUCCUCGAUCCCGAUUCCACGCCGCCGUCUCUCCCAACCACUCCGGACGUUCUACGACCGACCACCAUGGCUUCUUCCGGCGGUCUCCCCCCUCCCUCACCUUCUCCCCUGGGCACGAGCAGCGAAGUCUAUGCUGAAGACGCGGUGGCCGAAUCCAAGAAUCCGUUAGAUGACAUCCCCGACUUGACCACCAGACCGGCCGUCAGCGAGGAUGACAAGGUCGAAGCCCUCCACUUGUUGGCCGAUUCGGUCGCCCAGCAGCGUCAAGUCGCGUCCAGCGCUAUCAUGUACCACCCGUUGACUCUCGGGACGUUCGUCCUCGGCUUCGGCCUGGUAUAUCAGUACUUGUACAAGGGCCAGCGGUCGGACUGGAUGUUGAUCGGCACCACGACUGCUGGAAUCCUCAUGUCCAUCCUGGUCACUAUCCGUUGGCUCACGGGCGGGUAUCUCGAAGAAGCCGAGAACGUAGGGACGUGGAAAUGGCUGAGCAAAGGCCGCGAGACCGAUGAUAGUCCGGCUGUCGGAGACGCGGACGAGAUCCUACUCACUCGAUUCGGCGACGAGGUCGUCGGCACGGUCAUCAUACGAGGCGAACGAGAAACGCCUUCAGGGGGCAGCCCCCGGAAACCACGCAGGAACGCGCCCGCGACGGGGGUGAUCCGUGGCUGGACCGUCAAGCGUCGAUACCGCCGCAAAGGGGUCGGUCAAGGUUUGCUCGAGGAGGCGGUCAAGGUGUGCCAGAUCAAGGGCUGGAACGGACCAGAGUUUGCCGCCGACCACGCCCACAGCGCACGGCCCCUGCCCGCCACGUUUUCUGGCACCUUUACCAAGAGAGAUCGCCAAGCGCGUGACAUGCUGGAAAAGGUCAAGGAAGAGAUGACGCCGACCGCGGGCAAGAGAGGGAAGAGAUGAGUCGUUCUUCCAUUUAUCUAAAUACACUGGUUGGCCUUUUGGGGGUGAGACAUCUGUCGAGAGAUCUGUCAAGACAUAUGUGACAAGGGACCCUCCGAGUGUACAGGGAACAGGGCGGUACUUUUUUUUGAUUUCCUUGCCGCGCUACUCGAUCUACAGACCAUGACCUUGGUUUUUUUGUUUGAUAUUGGAAACAGAUCCAUCAUAGAUACCCCCGACAUUUUGACGUUGUUGUUUAGUCGUUAGUAUAGUAUAGUAUCAGAGAUAUACGACCAUGGCAUGGUUUAGAUUCAAAUACCUAUCCUAC